GCAGCUCAAGAAAUUAGACGAAGACAGUUUAACCAAACAACCUGAAGAAGUGUUUGAUGUAUUGGAGAAGCUUGGAGAAGGGUCCUAUGGCAGUGUGUUCAAAGCCAUUCAUAAAGAAACGGGUCAAGUUGUUGCAAUUAAGCAAGUUCCUGUGGAAUCUGACCUGCAAGAGAUUAUAAAGGAAAUAUCCAUAAUGCAGCAAUGUGACAGUCCUCAUGUGGUGAAAUAUUACGGCAGCUAUUUUAAGAACACAGACCUGUGGAUAGUCAUGGAAUACUGCGGCGCUGGAUCUGUGUCUGAUAUUAUUCGAUUACGAAAUAAAACUCUCACAGAGGAGGAAAUUGCUACAAUAGUGCAGUCAACACUGAAAGGACUGGAGUACCUGCAUUUUAUGAGGAAAAUACACAGGGACAUCAAAGCUGGAAAUAUAUUGCUAAAUACAGAGGGACAUGCUAAACUUGCAGAUUUUGGAGUGGCAGGACAACUUACAGACACCAUGGCAAAGCGGAACACAGUUAUAGGGACCCCAUUUUGGAUGGCUCCAGAAGUGAUUCAAGAAAUUGGGUAUAAUUGUGUUGCAGACAUCUGGUCCCUGGGAAUCACUGCAAUAGAAAUGGCUGAAGGCAAACCACCAUAUGCAGAUAUUCAUCCUAUGAGGGCAAUUUUCAUGAUUCCUACCAAUCCACCUCCGACAUUCCGGAAACCAGAGCUCUGGUCAGACAAUUUUACAGACUUUGUAAAACAGUGUCUUGUUAAGAGCCCGGAGCAGCGUGCCACUGCAACACAGCUUCUGCAGCAUCCAUUUGUUAAAAGUGCCAAAGGAGUGUCAAUUCUGCGAGACUUGAUUAAUGAAGCAAUGGAUAUCAAGCUGAAACGUCAAGAGGCACAACAGCGUGAACUAGAUCAAGAUGAUGAAGAAAAUUCAGAAGAAGAUGAAAAUGAUUCGGGUACCAUGGUGAGGGCAAGCGGAGAUGAAACUGGUACUAUAAGAGCUGUCAACACGAUGAGCGAUGGAGCCAACACAAUGAUAGAACAUGAUGGCACCUUGGAAUCCCAGUUGGGUACAAUGGUCAUAAACACAGAAGAGGAAGAGGAGGAGGGCACCAUGAAAAGGAGAGAUGAAACGUUGCAACCAGCCAAACCAUCAUUCCUUGAAUAUUUUGAGCAGAAGGAGAAGGAGAAUCAAAUCAAUAGCUUUGGGAAGAAUGUGUCUGGCCAGACAAAAAAUUCAUCUGACUGGAAAGUACCACAGGAUGGAGACUACGAAUUUCUAAAGACUUGGAGUGUCGAUGAACUUCAGAGGAGGCUUUCAGCUCUGGACCCCAUGAUGGAGCAGGAGAUUGAAGAAAUACGCCAGAAGUACCAGUCAAAGCGGCAGCCGAUCCUCGAUGCCAUUGAAGCCAAGAAGCGACGGCAGCAGAACUUCUGA